AAAACUCCGCGCCGCGGCGGUGGAGGCGGCGGCGGCGGCGGCGGCAGAGGAGGAAAGGGAGGAGGAGGAGGUGGAGGAGAGGAGCAGGAGGAGGAGCAGCGGCGAGCUCGGGCGACGGCGGCGGGGCCCGAGCGCGGAGCCCCCGGGAUAGAGCGCGCACCGGGGUGUCCCGGCACCCCGCUCGCCCCGGGCCGCCGCGGAAGAUGGUGGCGGCGCCGUGCGCCCGGAGGCUGGCGCGGCGCUCGCACUCGGCGCUGCUGGCGGCGCUCAUGGUGCUGCUGCUGCAGACGCUGGUGGUGUGGAAUUUCAGCAGCCUGGACUCCGGGGCUGGCGAGCGGCGGCGCGCGGGGCAGCGGCGGGAGCAGCCGAGCAGCAGCAGCAGCAGCCGGCGGCCCCUCGCCGGGAGCGCAGGGACCUGGCUGCCCAUCCGCCCGCAGCCCGUGGAGGACCCGGAGGCCGAGCCGGCGGAGGAGGAGCACGGGGAGGCGGCCCCGGAGGAGCCCGCGCGCAGCAGCUUGGCAGCCGCGGGGCACUGGCCGCCCGAGCGAGGGAUCCACACCCGAGUCCACUGAUCACCCUAGAGACCCAGGAUGGCUACUUCUCUCACCGGCCCAAAGAAAAAGUGCGGACUGACAGCAACAAUGAGAACUCGGUCCCCAAGGACUUUGAGAAUGUGGACAAUAGCAACUUCGCCCCCAGGACCCAGAAGCAGAAGCACCAGCCAGAGCUGGCCAAGAAGACCCCGAGCAGGCAUAAAGAGCGAUUGCAGAGGAAGCUGGAUGCCCAGGACAAAGGUCAGGGGCAGUCAGUCCUGGGGAAAAGCCCCAACGAGGUGCUGCCUCCUCGGGAAAAAGCCACAGGUGACAGUAGUCAGGGGAAGGAUCUCUCAAGACACAGCCCUGUGAGAAAGACUGGCGGUGGUGGGUCCCCCGAAACCAAGUCUGACCAGCCCCCCAAGUGUGACAUCUCUGGCAAGGAGGCCAUCUCAGCCCUGACCCGCGCUAAGUCCAAGCACUGCCGCCAGGAGAUUGCAGAAACCUACUGCCGCCACAAGCUGGGGCUGCUGAUGCCAGAGAAGGUGGCUCGGUUCUGUCCCCUGGAGGGCAAAGCCAACAAGAAUGUCCAAUGGGAUGAGGACACUGUGGAGUACAUGCCCACCAACCCUGUCAGAAUCGCCUUUGUCCUGGUGGUCCAUGGCCGUGCCUCUCGACAGCUACAGCGCAUGUUCAAGGCCAUCUACCACAAAGAUCACUUCUACUACAUCCACGUGGAUAAGAGGUCCAAUUACUUGCAUCGGCAAGUGCUCCAGUUCUCCAGGCAGUACGACAAUGUCCGAGUCACCUCCUGGAGAAUGGCCACCAUCUGGGGUGGGGCCAGCCUCCUGUCCACCUACCUGCAGAGCAUGCAGGAUCUUCUGGAGAUGACUGACUGGCCCUGGGACUUCUUCAUCAACCUCAGUGCUGCUGACUACCCCAUCAGGACAAAUGAUCAGCUGGUGGCAUUUCUCUCCCGAUACCGAGAUAUGAAUUUCCUGAAAUCACAUGGCCGGGACAAUGCAAGAUUCAUUCGGAAACAGGGACUGGACCGUCUUUUCCUGGAGUGUGAUGCACACAUGUGGCGCCUGGGGGAUCGGCGGAUCCCAGAGGGCAUUGCUGUGGACGGGGGCUCUGAUUGGUUCCUGCUUAACCGGAAGUUUGUGGAAUAUGUGGCUUUCUCCACGGAUGACCUGGUGACAAAGAUGAAGCAGUUUUACUCUUACACCCUCCUUCCUGCUGAGUCCUUUUUCCACACAGUCCUGGAGAACAGCCCGCACUGCGACACCAUGGUGGACAACAACCUGCGCAUCACCAACUGGAACCGCAAGCUGGGCUGCAAGUGCCAGUACAAACACAUCGUGGACUGGUGUGGCUGCUCCCCCAAUGACUUCAAGCCUCAGGACUUCCAUCGCUUCCAGCAGACAGCCCGGCCCACCUUCUUUGCCCGAAAAUUUGAAGCCGUAGUGAACCAGGAAAUCAUUGGGCAGCUGGACUCUUACCUGUAUGGGAACUAUCCUGCGGGCACCCCGGGCCUCCGCUCCUACUGGGAGAAUGUCUAUGACGAGCCGGAUGGCAUCCACAGCCUCAGCGAUGUGGCGCUUACCCUGUACCACUCCUUCAUCCGUAUGGGCCUGCGAAGGGCAGAGUCGUCCCUGCACACUGACGGGGAAAACAGCUGCAGGUACUACCCAAUGGGCCACCCAGCAUCUGUCCAUCUCUACUUCCUUGCCGACCGUUUCCAGGGCUUUCUGAUCAAGCACCACGUGACUAACCUUGCUGUGAGCAAACUGGAGACACUGGAGACAUGGAUGAUGCCAAAGAAAGUCUUCAAGAUCGCAAGUCCCCCCAGUGACUUUGGGAGGCUUCAGUUUUCUGAGGUUGGCACUGAUUGGGAUGCCAAAGAGAGGCUGUUCCGGAACUUCGGCGGUCUCUUGGGGCCCAUGGAUGAGCCCGUGGGGAUGCAGAAAUGGGGAAAGGGACCCAAUGUGACUGUGACUGUUAUCUGGGUGGAUCCUGUCAAUGUCAUCGCAGCCACCUAUGAUAUCCUGAUCGAAUCCACUGCGGAAUUCACACACUACAAACCCCCCUUGAAUCUGCCUCUGAGGCCUGGGGUCUGGACAGUAAAAAUUCUCCAUCACUGGGUGCCAGUUGCAGAGACCAAAUUCCUUGUCGCACCUCUGACCUUCUCCAACAAGCAGCCCAUCAAACCAGAGGAGGCAUUGAAGCUGCACAAUGGGCCACCUCGCAGUGCCUACAUGGAGCAGAGUUUCCAGAGCCUGAACCCGGUCCUCAGCCUGCCCAUCAAUCCUGCCCAAGUGGAGCAGGCCCGGAAGAAUGCAGCCUCCACUGGGACAGCACUAGAAGCCUGGCUGGACUCGCUGGUGGGCGGGACUUGGACUGCCAUGGACAUCUGUGCCACAGGCCCCACCGCCUGCCCAGUCAUGCAGACCUGUAGCCAGACAGCCUGGAGCUCCUUCAGCCCUGACCCCAAAUCAGAGCUAGGUGCAGUCAAGCCUGAUGGCCGGCUCAGGUAGCAGUGGCCACAUGGGACCAAUGGAGCCUCAAUCCUGGCCUCCUCCCUUGUAUGGGGGUUGCCUUUUGUACAAGGAUCUCUGCUGACUGUAGAAUGAUAAAGAGAGGGUUUGGAGGCCAGAGAAGAGUCAGCCUGUAUUUGUCAGGCUGGCCUCUGGAGUAGGUGACUCCGUCCCAGGGCCACAGUGGUCUCCCCUCUUCCGGUUGCUUCUCAGUCCUGCGGGCUCCUGUUCUCUCCCUCCAAUGGCCUACACUUGUCCCCUUACAAGUGAGUUUUCAACUUUUAUUUUGAGCAGCAGAACUUUGUUUACUCAGCACAGUCAGAGGUGGAAGUGCAAGAUCAGGAUGAAAUCUAGGCUGCUCUGGUUGAAGCUGAGUUGUGUGAGGUUCCUUCCCGAAGCUCAGCCUACCAGGUGAUGCUUUCUCCAAGGGCAUCUCCAAGGUACCUCUUCUGAACCCAAGGGCUCUGUUUAAGCCAGUUAGACAAGCACUGCCCUGACCAAGGGUGGGAUCUCCAUCCUGGCCCUUCCAUUUAUCUCUUGAUUUCUGUGGCUGGGAAACCCUGUGACCAUGCUAAAAGCAGCAAGCUGCUGGUGGCCACACUCCUGGCCUUCCCGGGAGGUGGAGAUGUGGGAGAAUUCCAAGGUUCCUGUUGCCGCUCAGUGAGCUAUUUUCCCUGCAAGCCAGAGAGGUUCAGGAAAGCCUUUUGAUGUGACGUGGCCAAGGUUCCCUAGACAUGUGACUGCCAACUUGCCAUCUGUCCAGGUCAGCCUCUUCCAAGGCUGUCACAACUGGUAGCAGGAACAGGGUAAAACAUAGAGAGCUAGAGUUUCAAUUCUCCCACCUGCUCCUGGGCUGGGAGACAGCUGCUGUGGUCUCUUUGGUACUCAAAGGGGAGCAGUGGAGAACCAAGGCUCUGAAUCUCAACGGGGGGUUCCUUGGACCCAGCUUCUAAGCUGGAUGGCAACACAGAGGCACCCCUUCUAUUCUGAGGUCAGGUACCCCAAACCUUUGUGAACUGUGCACUUGGUGCUGUUGACUGUGACCAAACUGCAUGGAUCAGACUUAUUUUACCCAGGAACAAACAUUUCAGAUCGGGUCCUUCAUUUCAUACCCUUCCUCGCCUAGGGUGCCAACAGGCUCGGUCUGGCUAAGCCACAUAGGAGGAAGGUUGAGUGUCAAAAUAGGGAAGAUGGUUCAAAAAAUAGUGUUAUUCAUAUUGCUUGAGUUACCAGAAACCCAAGGGUUUUCAUUGCCAUGUGUAUUCUGGGGAGGACAUUGAGGAAGAGCAUCCGCUUCCUCAUUGAGUCUCCCAAAAGACAAAGUUCUCUGGGGAAAGUUGUGUCCAUCCUUAUAUCUCUCCCAGCAUGGAUAAGAAGGUACUGAAGUCCACCCUGACAGUGCAUCCAGUGCACAGCCCCUUCCCCAUCUAACAUGGCGGGCAUAGAGAAGGGACCCUUGGUAUUUAUUAUUUAUAUGUUUUAGUCAAUGACUAAUUAGUAGGUGCUGUUUUUUGCAGCUUGUCAAUUACGUUAUCUUACUAACUAAAAUUGCCUUUAUUCACAAAAGGCUCCCCCUUCCCUAUCUUCCCUGGUCUGCCUGCCUUUCUCUCUCAUUUUCACUGUUUCUACACCCUUCUGGCUCUUAGAACAAAGCUGAGGUGUCAGAUACCAUGGCAGAGUUUCAACCAGUGCCAUCACUGUCAGGAAGUUGACCCAUGUGGAUGGCUGGAACCUCCCUUUUGCACAGGAUUUUGAUCUCAUCUGUCCCUCUAAAUUCAAAAAAAAAAAAUGUUGGAAUGCCUGAGUAACCCCCCC